UGUGUCUCUGCAUGAGUUAUUUUGUAUUAACUGAGUGAUAUAAAAUUGCAAAAUUGUCAAUAAAUUUCACUUGUUGAUUUUCUUCAUCAUGGAUUUCAGCUACUUUAUUGUCAUUCUGGCAGUUACAGCACAACUUUGUCAAGCCAGAGUUUUCAAUCACGAAGAUGCAGACACCAGAGAAUUUCCUGAUAUGCAACUGUCCCCUGAAGAUAUUGCGGUGUUAAAGAUGCUUAAAAAUGACAAAAUACUGGGAGCUUUGCUUGACGGUGAUGCAAAUACUACUGAUGUCAGAGCAUUCGGUUGGAAAAUAUUCCCAGGUACUCAUUGGUGUGGAAAUGGACAUAUUGCAAAUUCAGACAGCGAUGAAGAUUUGGGAAGUUUCAAAAAUCUUGAUAGGUGUUGCAGAACUCAUGACAAGUGUCCAAGGAAUCUAAAGUCACAAGCGUUGGGUUAUGGUACAAAAAACACCGGUAAAUACACAGCAAGCGACUGUGCAUGCGAUGAUGAAUUCAAAAGCUGUUUGAAAGCUGUACCCAAAGGAAAAUGGUAUCACAUUAAAACUCGCUUAGAACAUGGUUCAUCCCAGUUGGUUGGCAAACUUUUCUUUAACCUUCUGAAAAUGAAAUGUUUGAAAUUCGAUGAAAAACCACAGCCAAUUACAAAUGAUGCUGAUGAUAUAUCGGAUGCAGAAGAGGAAAAGGCUAAACUGGUUGCACCAAACCCUUUCUAAAACGUUGUAGCUAUUUCAGAUUAUUAGAACUGCUAUUAGA